GAGCAUGAGAGAGGGCAUGAGAGAAAGAGAACACAGAGAAGAAAAAAAAGAAAAAGAGAGCGAGAAAAAAAAAACUAGAUCAGGCAGCAGCGGCAGCAGACGCAGCCCCAGUCAGCAGAGCCACCUCCUAAUAUUAGACCUAAUGAGGUGCAGGCAGAAGGACACAGUCAUGGCAGCUCUCUUCUGAUGUCGCUGGUUACGUGGCGCUAUUCCAACAUGUCGCUAUUCCGACGUUAAUGUCUAUUGUCGGAAUACCGACACGUUUUCCACCUUCCGCCGCUAUUCCUACAUGCCGCUAUUCCGACAUCCCUAACCUUAACCCCAACCCUAACCCUAACCCUAGCCCCUAAAAAGUGUCGGAAUAGCGGCAUGUCGGAAUAGCGGCAUGUCGGAAUAGCGAUUGCCCUCCGAUGGCGCUCACACUCAGAGGAGUCACGGAGUCCUUGAGAUUGUUUUCCCUCCUGUACUGUACAGUCGCAUGUAGAAAUGUGUGUCAGUGCCUUAAUGCUGUUACCAAACCACACGACUGUAUUUUGAGCAUGAAUGGGCUUACCAAACUGUAAAUGUGUUGUGCUAUUGUUUUGCUGGGUAAUAUGUAGGGUAGGUUACGUUUAAUAUCCGAUUAAGAGUAGGGUUGCCAACCAUCCCUUGAAAUACGUAAUCGUUGCACAUUUAUAAACAAAAGGUACAGUUCCGUGUUGAGCAAUUUGGUUAAAAUGCAGGCAGUUGCUUCUGAGAAAUACAGCAUUUUAUGGGGGGAGGUGUCCCAUAUUUUUUCCACAGAGAGUUGGCAACCCUAAUUAAGAACAUUGCUGCGACUUUAGAGAGGGGUGUCAAAUACAGUCUCACACAGGGGCCUUGCAAAGCAUGCAGCACAACAGUAGGCAAUAAAAAAAUCAAUAAAAAUGUGUGGUGGUCUGUGGGCUGAAUUGCUCUCUGCAGCCUUUUGAACAUUGCUGCAGUCAAUCUGAACUGCAAACGUGCCCAGAGAUGAAGUGCUUUUUGUAGCCGUUUUGUACAUAGCAGUAGUUAAUCUAAACAGCAAACACGUGCCUGCCUGGAGAGGGUUUUUAUGAUUCCAUGCCCUCUGCUGCCUCUGCGACCUCAUUGCUCUCUUCCCAUUCUGCUCUGCAGACGGCCAAGUACAAAGUAGGUGCUGGGCUGGGCGGCCAUUUUGAAUGUUUUGUUUUGGCUCCAUGGAGAGAGUGCUGGAACACUGAAGGGGCCCUUUAAAAAGCUCACCCUUGGCCGAGACAUUAAGCAGGGCAGUGGCAACCACAGUGCUCCUGCAGAACCUCCUUUGGUUUCAAGACGUUUUAAAAGUACUCUGCCAUAAUGGCUCCCGAGGUGAGCCCAUGCAACAUGAAGAAGGAGGAGGAGAGCAACAACGUCAUCAGCCCCCAGAAGACAGAGGAGACGCCACCCAAAGCACACACCCCCACAAAGAUGGACGCCGAACGAAGAACCCGCACUCCCACUAAAGCUGACGGCGGCACCUCCAAAUCGCCAGUGUCCCCAGCCACGCCCACACGCAGAGCAAGCUGCAGCCCCAGACCCAAUAAAGACGCCAUAAAGUCAGAGGACAGACAGAAACUGGCCAAGGAGCGCCGAGAGGAGAGAGCCAAGUACAUGGACGAACAAAUCCUGCUCCAAGCGGCUAAGAAGGCCCAGUGGCUGGAGAAGGAGGAGAAGGCUCGUCAGCUGCGCGACCAGCAGCUGGAGGAGCGUCGCAGGAGACUGGAGGAGCAGCGCAUCAAGGCAGAGAGGAGGAGGGCCGCCCUGGAGGAGAGGCAGAAACAGAAGCUGGAGAAGAACAAGGAGAAGUACGAGGCGGCUAUCCAGAGGUCCACCAAGAAGACGUGGGCGGAGAUUCGCCAGCAGAGGGGGUCCUGGGCAGGAGGCAUCCACCGCCCCAGCCAGAGAGAGAGCACAGGCAGCUGUUCCGUGUCCGCCGUCAAUCUCCCCAAACACGUGGACUCGGUUCUAAACAAGCGGCUGUCCAAGUCCUCCGCCACUCUCUGGAACUCGCCCAGCCGAAGCCGUAGACGGGAGCUGACCCCGUGGGAGAGCAGCGUGGUGGACCGCCUGAUGACGCCCACGCUGUCCUUCCUGGCCCGCAGUCGCAGUGCCGCCAGCGUCCUGACCACCCACAGAGACUCGCAUGGUGGAUCUCCGCUGUGCCCUCGCUCGUCCUCUGCCAGCCCCCUCACCCUCUGCUCUCACCGGCCGCACCACCGCUGCUCCGACCGCUGGAGGGUCACCACCAGCACCCCUGACAUCGCCCAGCGCUCUCCCCGACGUGACUCCGCCCCCCGCUCUCCCCGACGUGACUCCGCGCCCCAAAUGGAGAAAAGAAAGAAGGAGAAGAAGGACAAGGAGCGGGAGAAUGAGAAGGAGAAGAGUGCUCUGGCCAAAGAGAAGGUGCUCAAGAAGAGACACACUCUGCCCGCUAUGAAGCUCAUGGCUGCACCCAGUUUGACUCAUAAAACACGCCCAGGCACAUUGUCACAGAGAGGGAUGUCCACGCCAAGAGGCCGGGCGUCCUCCCCGAGUCCCGCUCCCUCCCCCCGGGGAGCCUCCGCCCGCAGCACCCCUAACACCUCCGCCACCACCCCCAAGGGCCGUCCCAAGAGGGCCAGCACCCCGGCCCGGGUCACGCCCCGCCGCACCUCCUCCCCGCCCCCCCUGGAGAAGGUCAGGGAGCCACGCCGGUCUGCCACACCUGAGUCUAAGGCUCCCCCUCACCCGCGUCUCACCAUCUUCUCCCCGCCAGGGUCCUCCCCCGUGCCCUCCAUCGUGGUGUCCACGGCCCCCGUCUCCCCUCCCCCCCUCUCCAACACCUCCUCCUCGGAGCCAUCCUCCGCUGCCACGGUGAUCGACGCCAGCCAGUCGCAGCCCUCUGCCCCUGUCCCUGCCCCUGUCUCAGCCUCAGUCCCGACUCCAGCUCCAGUUCCUGCUCGAGCAUCCUCUCCCCCGGCCCCCGCAGCAUCAGCACCAGUGCCAGCAUCAGGACCGGCUCCAGCUGCCCCAGCCGCAGCCCCAGCCGCAGCCCCAGCCCCAGCCCCAGCCUCGGCGGCCCCCUCCCCGGGUAAGCCUAUGGCGGGCACCAACAGCGCGGAGGAGGCGUCGCGCAUGCUGGCCGAGAAGCGGCGGCAGGCCCGCGAGCAGCGGGAGAGGGAGGAGCAGGAGAAACGCGAGCAGGAGGAGAGAGAGAGGGUUCUGCGUGAAGAGCGCAUUGCGCGCGAGGCGGAGGAGAGGAGGCGCCGUGAGGAGGAGUCGCGGCUGAUGGUGGAGGAGCAGAAGAGGAGGGAUGAGGAGGAGAAAGUACGCCAGGAGAGGGAGGCCGAGGAGAAGGCCCGCCUAGAGCAGGAGGAGAAUGAGAAGCUGCAGAAGCAGAAAGAGGAGGCGGAGGCCAAAGCCCGAGAGGAGGCUGAGAAGCAGCGGCUGGAGAGGGAGAAACACUUCCAGAAGGAGGAGCAAGAGAGGCUGGAGAGGAAGAAGCGUCUGGAGGAGAUCAUGAAGAGAACACGCAAAACAGACGGCGCAGCAGACAAGCCGAAGGAUGCCAAGCCCUCCUCGCCACCACAGGUGAAUGGCAAAGAUGCCAAACCAGACCCAGAGAGCACCAAAGCUGAGGAGUACCAGCCGAGUGCAGUGGUGACUCAGCAGCAGGAGAAGGAGAAGGAUCCCCUGGGCUCCAUGGACAGUUCUUCAGUGGUGAAUGGGGUGCAGUCCGCCAAGCACGAGAACGGCCUGUCAGUCAAGGGAGGCGACGCCACCCACUUUGAGGAGAUCAUCCAGCUAGCCAAUCACUGCGACAGCAACGGCAGCAGCGGGCGGGACAACUCGGCGAGUGACAUUCCUGGCGAGCCAAUCAUGGCCUUUGAGAGCGGCGACAGCUUCCUGAAGAAGGCGGCCCCAAUGAAGCCCCAGCAUGUUGCAGAGGUGCUGUGAAGAGGGAUGGUUGUCCUACACAGGAUCCGGACAUGCCCAGGGCCCACCAUGCCCGGCCCAGCUCACUCAUCUGAGGGGUGGCCUUGAUCCCUCUUUCUCGAUCUUUCGCUCUCUUCUUUCUCUCUCUCUCUCUCUCUCUCUCUCUCUCUCUCUCUCUCUCUCUCUCUCUCUCUCUCUCUCAAUCUCUCUCUCUCUCUGACUUCUUUUCUUCCACCAUCUCCGUCUUUCUUUGCCUUUCUUUCUUUCUUUCUUUCUUUCUUUCUUUCGCUCUUGCACUCUUUAUUUCUCCCAUUCUUUCUUUUGCUCACUCUAUCUCUCUCUGAGCACAGCCUGCAGCCCACUGUCCUGUGCCAAAUUGUAUUAUUGCUUUUUACGAUUGUACAAAGAAUAACAGUGACAUUCAUCACCUCAGCCCGACCCCCCAGCGUGCUCCCCGAAGCAAAAUGUCCGAGAACCACCAUGCUCAUUGUUGGCACCGAAUGCAACCCCCCUCUGAACCAAACGGCUCCCCUACACACACACACACACACACACACACACACACACACACACACACACACACACACACACACACACACACACACACACACACACACACACACACACACACACACACACACACACACACACAUUCAUAUUUAGGCAUGGGGCUUAGUGGUGCCAUAGUAACUACACACAAACACUACAGCUGAUGAGAAGAAAAUGUACAGAGCUCACACGUGGACAUGGACAUACAGCAAAUCAGGAUAUGAGUAGGGAGAGCCCUUCCCCUCUCCUCCCACCAUGUGUGAGAUUGCACCUUAAAACAGACAAGCAGUGUCAUCUUCUAGAAAGCAAAGUGGGGACAAAACACUAGGAUCAUUAAUUGGGGGGAGGUAAUGAUUUGACGUCAGUUGAAAUGCUGUUGUCAGUCCUAUUCUACAGUGCUUUUACCUAAAGAGAGAAGAGAACCUCUGGUUGUUUUGAUUCUUUUUUUUUAAAUGUUUAGUUAUUUAACUUUGAAAAGGAAAAAAAAAAACACGAAAUGUAACUAUGGGGUACCGUUGUUUGUGAAUAUUGUAAAUGGAUAUCUUGUGUGCUGGACUUCAGAAGAAUGUGGUCUAGGAUUUAAAAAAUGGUCUUUAUAUUGAGAAAGAGUAUGGCUUGCCAACGGCUUAUGAAAGGGAGACAUGGGUCUGCAAUACAUCAUUUUACUAUUCAGAAGGCCUUCAUUGGACUGACAGUGUGGUCGAAAGAAAAGAAAACGUAUUGUUAACUGGCCAACACUUGUUGCCACUUCACUUUUUUUCUCUUUUUUGGUAUCCGUGCAAGACGCAUGAAUUGGUGUGACUCCCCCACCCCUUUGCCAAAAUUCAUGAGCUUGCAACUUAUGUUUCUCUAGUGAAAAGUGUUGGUUAUUUUUAAAAAAAUAUAUAUUGAUGAAAAUGUUUUUGUUACUUUUUUGGUGUGCAACAACUAGCAAAGAAUUUCAUGUUCCUUUCCCCCUGCCAUGAUCACAAAGUGCUUGCCGAGACGCCCAAUAGGGCCAUCCGCCACCCAGCAACCACCCAACGCUACAGCAGUAUACCGUAGCUAAAAGAGCCUCGCCGUCUACCAUCACCAUCUUUUCUCUCUCUCUCCAAGAGGACGUCUGCCCCCAACGAAAUCCCCCGGGGACAUUGUUGUAUUAACACAACGUUUUGUGUGAAUAUGUGAAAAAACUUGCUUGGAGAGACCCGUCAGAUGAAUGAAGGUUUCGUAUGUCGUAAUAAAAAACAAUGUAAAUUGACCGGGCCUUAAUUUGACGAUUUCUCUGUCUCGUAACGGCCUCUUGCUGUGGCUUCCAAAUGGAAUGUAUAAAACACUGGUCCUCCUGGGUGGCUCAUCCAUGGCUAGUUUUCAUCUGAACAAUGAAAGUAUACUUGUAUAAAAAAUGAAAAAUUGAAAGCAUGACAUGCCGUAGUCUUCAUUGAAAAACCCCACAAGAUUCUCAAAUGUAUUUGCAAAAAAAAGCAGUGUGUGUGUAUAUGCUAUAAAUAUAUUUUGUGUGUCAAAGGGUCUCACUCGAAGUCUAUUAAAGAAAACAAAAGUUGUU